CAGUGAUCACGGAAAGAACCUUCCUGUCACUAUCCUAUAUAGUCACACAAAUUCCGUCACUUCCCUGAGAUUGUCUACCCUGUCCCUUCCGGUUCCGCAUUUCCUCAACGAGAACACCGUGCAGUGGCAAUCAUAUUGUCUCCGUCCAUAAGACCAAAAGUAAAACCUCGAAUUGCAUCGCGCACCACCUUGCUGUGAAAGAGAAGCAUACAGUGAUGUCCGUCAAUCUCGAACACCCCUCCAUGCCAGGGCCCCCGUCCAAGUCCGAAAUUACCUGGACCGGCCCAAUGCCAUUUUUCUUGGACAGCACCAUCUCCUCCGAGUUCCUAACGAUGCCAUUGUUCGAUGGGAUGCAAGAAUGGUCGAUGAGCGGGAGCACUCCGGGGGCUGCAGCUGCAGCCGCAUCGGGGGGGUUCGACGGGUUCCAACAGCAGCAGCAGCAGCAGCAACAAUCACAAAAGCAGGCGCAGCCCUCACCACCGGCGCAUCAACACCACCACCACCCGCAACAAUCCUACAUGAAUGCAUUUAUCGAACCAACCCUUUUCUCCCCGGACCAGCCCAUGCCUACCCAUGUCCACCACCCCCAACCCCCGCAUCUCGCCCCGAAAGAACCCCUCAUCGACCCCGCCAUGCAACCCUUCGCCGCCAGCCCGACCUCCUCCUACCACGUCCCGAUGCACGAGAUCACUUCCCGCGGAAGCAUCAGCGACCAAUCUCAACGCAGCAGCUACGGCAGCAUCAGCAGCAUCAGCAGCAGCAGUAGCAGCAGCAGCACGACCGGGUACUAUGCGCAGCGACGGCCCAGCGAGCCGGUCUUCUCGCCGGCCCACGACGCGGUGGAGCAGCAGAAGCGCGAGCGGUUCCUCGAGCGCAACCGCGUGGCGGCCAACAAGUGCCGGCGCAAGAAGAAGGAGCACACCCGCCAGCUGGAGAGCCGGUGCAUGGAGGUGACGCAGGCCAACUCGCGGCUGGAUUCGGAGGUCAGCCAGCUGCGCAGCCAGAUCCUGGAGCUGAAGAACGAGCUCCUGCGGCACUCCGGGUGCGACGACCCGGCCAUCAAGGCCCAUCUGGCGCGGAUGGUCGCUCAUCUCUCGCAGCGCAGUGCCUCGGUCUCGGGCGCCAGCGAGUCCGAGGGGGGUGGCCCGCAGGUUAGGUCCUCGCGGUCGACGCCGCUGUCUCCAGCGCAGCCAAAGAUUUUGAAGGAGGAAGUCGAGCAGGACGCUGCGUUCGGGUUCGAUGAUAUGCUUCACUUGCCUAACGCUGGUGGCUCGAAGACCGACGAGCUGGAGGAGGAGAAGGAGGAGGAGGAAUUAAAGAUGAAGGAGAGUCCGUAAUGGUAUCCGACCAUGCAGCGACUACACUUGUACACGACUGUCUUACGAGUUCUUUUCUGGGAUCUGAGUUCGGCCUUCUGCUUUCUGCUUACUUUCUUUGUUGUAUCUAUUACGUUGGAUUGUGCAUUAUAUGUACAAUAUCG